CUCCCCCGUCUUCCCUCUCUCAGAUAUUUUGGUACAAUUUUUCAUUUUUACCCACUUUUUAUUUUGUUUUAUUUAUUUUGAGGUGUUUGUAAGGAAUCUCUAAAUUCCAACGUACGUAAAUAUCGAAGCCACACCCAUAAAUAUUGGAACGGUGAAUUAUCAGGAUCCUCUUUUCGGUUUAGAAUAGCCAUGGCUACAGCAACUAGGCUUCGCAUUUUCCCACAAAGCUUCGAGCACUGCUUCAAGAACGACCACAGGACCGGCCAGCCAGUCGUUCCCGGACCAAGUUUAUGCAUGUUCCGGUUGGGACGACCCGGUCGGGGUAACGGUUUGUGUUUGAAACAGUGUCGAUCGUUUAUGAGUGAGGAGGGAGAAGUUGCAGAGAAAAGGGAAGUUGUGCAAAGAGCGAGAAAGUCUCGGAAUUUGAAGGGAAGUGAGGCUAAGCUCGAAAGCGGAAGUGGGUUUUGGAAAUCUUUGAUGACUACAAUUUUGGGUGGUUUUAGAUUGGCUCAUGGGGACGAGUAUGGCAGGGCUGUGGCCAAGGUGGAGAAGGUGUUCUCUUCGAUUGCCAUCCAAAUUGGAAGAUAUAUUGUAACCAUGAUGAGCACGGGAGUGAUACUUGAAAUUGGAUUUCUGUUGUCAGGUGGAGACAGUCAAAUGGACACUUUGGUUUGGUAUAGCUGGCUUGGAGGAAUUAUUAUUGGAACCAUGAUAGGAGCAAAUAUGGUUUUAGAGGAACAUUGUCGAGCUGGUCCACGUAAUGUUGUCAUAACUGGAAGCACAAGGGGACUGGGAAAAGCUCUUGCUCGUGAAUUUCUUCUUUCUGGAGAUCGCGUGGUUGUUGCAUCUCGCAGCCGUGAGUCUGUAGAUACGACUGUCAAAGAACUCGAGGAUAACCUAGAGGAAUGUAUGACCAAGGCAGGUGACUCAUCCAGGAGAAAGCUGCAACAAGCAAAAGUGGUGGGCAUUCCGUGUAAUGUAUGUGCACCUGAUGAUGUACAGAAACUGGCAAACUUUGCUGUCCAUGAACUUGGCUCUAUCAACAUCUGGAUAAACAAUGCUGGCAUGAAUAAAGGUUUUAGACCAUUGCUGCAGUUUUCUGAUGAAGAUAUUAGACAGAUAGUCUCAACGAACCUGGUUGGCUCUCUUCUUUGCACACGAGAGGCCAUGCAAGUGAUGAAGAACCAGUAUAAGGGGGGCCACAUAUUUAACAUGGAUGGUGCAGGUUGGGGAUCUAGUACCCCUCUCACAGCUGUCUAUGGCUCAACAAAGUGUGGACUUCGGCAACUUCAAGCAUCUCUCUUAAAAGAGUGUAAGCGGUCGAAGGUUGGGGUGCACACUGCAUCUCCAGGCAUGGUCCUUACAGAUCUGCUCCUGAGUGGUUCGAGUGUAAAAAAUAAGCAAAUGUUUAACAUUAUCUGUGAGCAUCCCGAAACAGUUGCUAGAACUUUGGUUCCAAGGAUGCGGGUUGUAAAGGGUACAGGGAAGGCAAUCAAUUACUUGACCCCUCCUAGGAUCUUGCUUGCUUUAGUCACUGCGUGGCUUCGACGAGAUCGCUGGUUUGAUGCACAGGGAAGGGCAUUAUAUGCAGCAGAAGCAGAUCGCCUCCGAAACUGGGCUGAAAACCGCACUCGAUUUUCUUUUACUGAUGCCAUGGAGAUGUACACAGAGAACACUUGGGUGUCAGUUUUCUCACUCUCUGUAGUUUGUGCCUUCAUAAUCCUUUCUACCAGUGGCAGCACAUUUCAUGGUACGUGAGUUCUUGGUAGAAUUACAACCUAAAAGAAUUAGGAAUAUAUGUAGAUCAGGCCAAUGCUCUUCAGGAAGGAUGUCUAGUGCUGUAACUGCAUAGAUCACAAGGUAAGUGAACAACAUUGGCAGCCAAUUAGUGGUCUUUAUACCCUGCAUCCUCUUCAAACCUUCCUUAACAAUUAGGAGUUCAGUUAUACAUUGAUUGCAAAAAUUUGACCACCCAGGCACAAAGAGUCCAGUAAAGGUUGGGUUGUGUGGACAGAAACAAACUAUAAUUCAUUGAUGAAGCAUUCCAAUGUGUGGAAUUCUUAUAUGACAUGUAAUGUUUCUAUGAGUUCAUAAUGAAGUUCCCUUUCAACA